AUGGUAUCUGCCUCGAAAGCAGCCCGUCAGGCCAAACGCGCCGAGGAUGGAAAAGACAAAAAGAAGACCGCAACUUCGAAACUCUCCUCCAAAGCAGCCUCACAGAAUGGAUCUUCAGCCUCUUCUGUCAACGGCGAUGAGACGCCACCCCUACUCGACGGCGAUGGCAACGCCUUACCCGAUGACGAGCAACCCGCAACGACGAAUGAGAAGAUGAAGGAUGUGAAGAAGCUAACGGAUCAGAUGGACAAGCAUGGCUUGUCGGAUCGUGUCACAACUGGUGUGCUGGCAUCGCUGGCUACGAGUCGGGAUGUGAAGAUCAACUCGGCAUCGCUUGUGUUUCACGGCAAGGUCUUGAUCACUGACACUACCCUCGAGCUCAAUUAUAGCCGCAGAUACGGUUUACUGGGAGAGAACGGAUGCGGGAAGUCUACACUCUUAAAGGCAAUCGACAAGCGAGAAUACCCAAUACCAGAGCAAGUCGAUAUCUACUUGUUGAAUGAGGGUGCUCCCCCAAGUGACUUGGGAGCGCUGGAAUGGGUUGUGCGAGAGGCAGAAAUUGAGAUGGAGAGGUUAGACAAAUUGGCUGAAGAGAUCUUGGAGAAGAAUGGGCCCGAGGAUCCUAUCCUUGAAGAUCUUUACGAGCGAAUGGAAACUAUGGACCCCUCAACCUUCCAAACUCGUGCCUCCCUCAUCCUGACUGGCCUCGGCUUUAACAAGCAAACGAUCCACAAACGCACAAAAGACAUGUCCGGUGGAUGGAGAAUGCGUGUAGCACUCGGCAAAGCUCUCUUCGUCAAACCCUCCCUUCUACUCCUCGACGACCCAACAGCACAUUUGGACCUCGAAGCCUGCGUAUGGCUGGAAGAAUACCUAAAGAAAUGGGACCGUACCCUCAUCCUUGUCUCUCACUCCAUGGACUUCCUGAACGGUGUCUGCACGAACAUGAUCGACAUGCGGAUGAAACAACUGAUAUACUACGGUGGUAACUACGAUUCAUACAUUAAGACUCGCUCAGAACAAGAGACCAAUCAAAUGAAGGCGUACGCGAAGCAACAGGAAGAAAUUUCGCACAUCAAGAAAUUCAUCGCAUCUGCAGGUACGUAUGCCAACUUGGUUCGACAAGCAAAAUCAAGGCAAAAGAUUCUCGACAAGAUGGAGGCGGACGGGUUCAUCCAGAAAGUAGCAGAAGAUCGAGUCUUCACCUUUCGUUUUGCCGAUGUCGAGAAGCUGCCACCUCCAGUCCUCUCGUUUGACGACGUGACCUUCUCCUACUCCGGUAACGCGAAGGAUGACCUCUACAAGAACCUAGACCUUGGUGUGGACAUGGACAGUCGAACGGCUCUCGUGGGUCCCAACGGUGUCGGGAAAUCUACACUUCUCCGCCUCAUGACUGGCAAGCUGUCACCUACCAACGGGGUCGUUUCAAGGCAUACCCACUUGAAGCUCGGCAUGUACAGCCAGCAUUCCGCCGAGCAACUGGACCUGACAAAGUCGGCUCUGGAUUUCGUGCGAGAUAAGUACUCAGACAAGAGCCAGGAUUACCAAUACUGGAGACAACAACUUGGCCGAUAUGGGCUGUCUGGAGAGUCACAAACAGCAUUGAUGGGAACAUUGUCAGAGGGUCAGAAGAGUAGGAUCGUAUUCGCUUUGCUUGCUAUUGAUGGGCCGAACAUGCUGUUAUUGGACGAGCCUACGAAUGGAUUGGAUAUUCCCACAAUCGAUUCGCUGGCAGAUGCCAUCAAGGCAUUCAGUGGUGGCGUUGUGGUCGUUUCUCACGAUUUCAGAUUACUUGACAAGAUCGCCAAAGACAUCAUGGUCUGCGAGAACAAGACGAUUCGACGAUGGGACGGCAGCAUUGGCGAGUACAAGAACUACUUGCGGAAGAAGAUGGUUACGAUGGGCCAGGUUUAG